CGAUCAAGGAAAAGAGAGCAAGGGAGCGAGGGAGAGAGAGAGAGAGCGAGCACUCUGAAUUGUGAGUGGCUUACGACACUCAGUGAACAGAAGGUGCUUCUGCAUGCGCUGUCAGUGUACAGCUCUGCUGCAAGGGAUUGCGCGCUCCUUUGCUUCCCACAUUUACCGCCCCUGCCUGCCUGCCUACCAGUACCAGCCUUCAGCAGCCUCUUCCAGCUGGCGGAGAAAAACACCCGGAGAGCACGGGAGUGAACGAAACUGCAAGCCACAGGGGAUGCAAGCGGCUUCUUAUCCGAGAUGAGCCACUCUGAUGACAAGGAAUACUGAUACCAGUGAAGACGGUUCACCUUUUUACAUCCUUUUUCUCGGCGCCUCCGUCACUGAAAUUAUAAUUACUCGCUUGAAUGGAUUUAAACCCUACAAGUCAGUUAUUGCCUCAAAAGAUGGACGAUAAUAUGUGUUGACAGAUCUGCUGAAACUUAAGAAGGAAGGGGAGGAGAAAAGAGCAAGCCAGAUAUUUAAAAGAUUUUGCCUUGGUCUUUUUUUUUUCUUUCUCUGGUUGUCUCCUCUCCCUUCUGAUCAUUGCAGCAGAGGACUGCGGAGGAGCAAAAGAGACAGAGCUCAUGCAUGCAGACAGGGGAACUUGCACUUCCUACCAUCUCGCUGAAAGCUACUUGGAUUCCUUCUCUUUCUGGCUCUUUCACUUGAGGAGAACUAAGACAUUGUAAGCCUGCCAAGGAUCUGGUGUCCACUGAAAAGGGAGAAGGGAGGGGGGGAGAAUUUGUACCACAGUGGGGUCUUUUUUAGAUUCGCACAUAAUUAGUGUUGGGGCACAAAGCGAGACGCUGAAUGGAGAUUGUCAGCUUUUGGAUAGGGGUGAGUAGGAACCUUUUCAAAUAGGAUCGAUCAAUGAGGACAAAUUUUUCUGCCUCUCUGCUCUCCACCCAGUGCUUCAUAUCUAACGUAGUCAGAGAGGUUUGCUCUUUUUCCCUUUCAUUUUCAACAAGGGGUUACUAAAUAACAGAAAAGCAGCUAAAUUCCAAAAAACGACACAUAUUAAUACAUUAUAGAAAUAUGAUGCAAUAAAUAUGGUGUGAUAAGUAAAAGAAAACAAUAUCCAGAGUGGUUCAAUGGACAUUUUCUCAGUGGCAUCCCUGGAUAUUUAUGCUAAUGGAUUUCCUUUUAAUUGGACUGUACUUAAAGUGGCCACUGAAGAAGCCCCCUGGGUUGAUACUGUGUGUAUUGGGCAUUUUUUUGAGAACGGUUCCCUUGGUGGAGGGGGUUUGUCCAAGGCUGUGCCGCUGCGACAGCAAGCUGCUGUACUGCGAGGGGCUCAACCUCACAGACAUUCCCCACAAUCUGAGCAGCGCCAUGGGCCUGUCCAUGAGAGAGAACAACUUGACCGAGCUGCGUGAAGGCCAACUGGCUGGUCUGUCACAGCUCACCUGGCUCUACCUAGAUCACAACAACAUUGACAUUGUAGAGGAGGGUGCAUUUGACAGGCUAAGACGGGUCAAGGAGUUAGACCUCAGCAGCAACAGGAUUGAGAAUCUGCCAAAUGGUACCUUUAGGCCCCUCCCAAACCUGCGUAUCCUGGACCUCUCAUACAACAGGCUGCAGGCACUCGAGCCUGACUUGUUUCACGGCCUUAGGAAGCUGACCAAUUUGCAUUUGCGCUACAAUGCUCUAAAAUUUGUGCCAGUGCGGAUUUUUCAAGACUGCCGGAGCAUGCAGUUCCUGGACUUGGGAUACAACCAACUGCAGAGUUUGGCAAGAAACUCCUUUGCUGGCCUCUUCAAGUUGACUGAGUUGCAUCUUGAGCACAAUGAGCUAGUGAAAGUCAACCUAGCCCACUUCCCUCGCCUCAUCUCUUUACGUACUCUGUACAUGCACAACAAUCGAGCCACUAUUGUUGUCAAUACCCUGGAAUGGACAUGGCAUUUUUUAGAGAAGAUUGACUUGUCAGCCAAUGAAAUCGAGUACAUCGAGCCACAUGUUUUUGAGAGUUCACCCAACCUGAAGGUUCUGAUGCUGGACUCCAAUCGCUUGACCUCUGUGGACCAGCGCAUCCUGGAUUCCUGGUCAUCUCUGGACAGUAUUACCCUGGCAGGGAACGACUGGGAGUGUAGUCGCAACGUGUGUGCCUUGGCCUCUUGGCUGAGUGCCUUCCGAGGCCAGCGUGACAAUUCCCUGCUGUGUUCAAGCCCCGACACCGCACAGGGUGAGGAUGUGUUGGAUGCUGUCUAUGCUUUUCAGCUAUGUGAAGAUCCCCCAAUGGAGGUAACUACAGCAGGCCUGUAUGCCUCAACAAGGGAUCUGGCCCAGGGUGGAUCUGUUUUCCUGGGCCCAUUUACUCCCAACCCUUACGAGGGUGAUGGUAGUGAGGUGGUCACCAGUUCAUUCACUGUCACGGUGGGCCACGAUGACCUGGAGAGCACCAUGCAGAUCCACAAGGUGGUGACUGGCACCAUGGCACUCAUCUUUUCCUUUCUCAUCAUAGUGCUCAUGUUGUAUGUGGCAUGGAAGUGCUUUCCAGCUGGAAUAAGGCAGCUGAGGCAGUGCUUCAGCAGUCAGCGCCGCAAGCAGAAGCAAAAGCAAAGCAUGCAGCAGAUGGCUACAAUUUCUACGCCGGAGUACUAUGUUGACUAUAAGCCGAACCACAUUGAGGGAGCACUGGUAAUCAUCAAUGAAUAUGGCUCUUGCACUUGCCAACAACAACCUUCUCGGGAAUGUGAGGUGUGACCCUGCUGUGUGAGUGCGUCUUUACCUGUGAUUAUCUGGAUAUACAGUAAAUCCCUUUUUUUUGGAUACUCUGGGGAUUGGACAGAUGGAUAAAGGGAUCUUUUGGACUCUUUUUUUACACAGCAUCUCACUGUGAUGUGGAAGGAGUGUGCUUUAUGCAGCAGACUAUUUUGCGGUGGAUUUACUGCUAUUCCUAUCUACUGCUGAUCUGACGCCACGGGGCAUAAAGGGCACCUGACUUUUGGACCUGAUGAUGUUCUACAAAAACACAGAGAGGAAUACAUUGUGGGCACGGAGGCUUUUCUCUCAAGGGUGGAUAUUUGAGCUUUAAUGUGUCUUUCUACUUCAGGACAUUUAAUUAUUGUUUGAAAUGAACUGGGGACACACAAAAGAAGAAAAAAAAGAGAGAAAAAAAACAAACCAUUUGUAUUAUGGUUCACACAAUAUUUGACAAGCAUUUAAAAUAUAAAAAAAAACUGUUUAAGUUGGAUUCAAAUGUAAAAAUAAAGUCUGUGUAAAAUAUGUUCAAAGAAGAAGCGCAAGCGUGGAGAAAAAAUGAUACAAGAUAAUCUAUUUCUUUUGUAAACUACAAAAAAUGUUUAAAUAAAUGAAUUGCUAUCCACAGUAAACUCAUUUGUACGUGAGAAGCUGUCAGAAAGGGUGAAUGACAAUAGAUUCAGUCUAUCCGUGGCCAUAUCUCUGCAGUGUAACGAACCAAAAAAAAAAA